UCAUUCCGCCUGCUUGGGAAUUCGUCGGCAAGCUCAGAGCUGGAGCCUUUCUGCGUGCUGUGGAUUUGUGCCCAGUCGAGGAACGUAAUGAAACCGGCAUGGCCAAGCUCCUGCUAAAGUUCCAGCGGUAUUUUCGGCGGAAACCCAUCCGCUUCUUCACGCUGAUUGCCCUCUACCUGACUGCUGGGAGUUUGGUGUUCCUCCAUGCUAGCUUCACCGGAGAGGUGAGAGUCUUGGAGAAUGUGCCCAGGGCCAAUGAUGGCCCCGGGAAUGGGAUGGAAGCCCAGUCUUUGGUGACGCUGCAACUUGGCAGGGAGUUUAAAGAGACACCGGAAUCUUUGACCGUGGCCCGGAGGUAUGGAUCUUGGUUUAAGAGCCCUUCCAAGGAUACAACGGGGAGAAGCAAGAUAGGGGACUACGGCGGGACUUGGAGUAGAGCUCUCAAGGGCAGGAACGUGCGAGACAAGGAAGAAGACAGAGCAAAAUACAUCGGCUGCUACGUCGACAACACCCACCGGAGAGCCCUGCGCGGAGUGUCCUUCUUUGACUACAAAAAAAUGACAUUGUUCCGUUGCCAAGACAACUGCGCCGAACGGGGUUACCUCUUCGCAGGCCUAGAGUUUGGGGCCGAAUGCUAUUGUGGCCACAAGAUCCAAGCGGCAAACGUCAGUGAUUCUGAAUGCAACAUGGAGUGUAAGGGAGAAAAGAGCAACAUCUGUGGUGGGGUGAACCGACUCUCAAUCUACCGCCUGGAGUUGGCCCAAGAGUCUGCAAGGAGGUACGGCAGCGCCAUAUUCCGCGGAUGCUUCCGCCGGCCGGAUAACAUCUCCUUGGCUUUGCCGGUGAGCAGGGUCAUGAGAAACAUGUCUGUGGACCAGUGCGUUGACUUCUGCACGGGAAAGGAAUACCCACUCGCGGCGCUGGCUGCCACCGCCUGCCACUGCGGCUUCCCUACAACCCUCUUUACGUUGCACGAGAGGGAAGACGAGCAGCUCUGCUCCCAGAAAUGCAGCGGCGAGGAAUUCGAGAGCUGCGGCACCUCCAAGUAUUUCAUCGUUUAUCAGACUCAAGUUCAAGAUAACCGCUGUAUGGACCGGAGAUUUUUAACAUCUCGGGCCAAGCAGUUUGUUGCCCUUGCAAGCUUUCCUGGGGCAGGUAAUACCUGGGCACGGCACCUCAUUGAACUGGCAACAGGUUUCUACACUGGCAGCUACUACUUCGAUGGCUCUCUUUACAACAAAGGGUUCAAAGGUGAACGGGACCACUGGCGAAGUGGGAGGACGAUCUGCAUCAAAACUCACGAGAGCGGGCAGAAGGAAAUCGAGGCAUUUGAUGCCGCCAUCUUGCUGAUCCGCAACCCUUACAAAGCACUCAUGGCUGAAUUCAACCGGAAAUAUGGAGGCCACAUUGGGUUUGCUGCUCACGCCCACUGGAAAGGCAAAGAAUGGCCAGAAUUUGUCAAGAACUAUGCCCCUUGGUGGGCGACGCAUACCCUCGACUGGCUCAAAUACGGCAAAAGCGUGUUGGUAGUGCACUUUGAGGACCUGAAACAAGACCUCUUCAUUCAGCUCAAGAGGAUGGUCAGCCUCUUGGGCAUCGCGGUCCUCGAGGACCGUCUUCUGUGUGUGGAAGGCCAGAAGGACGGGAACUUCAAGCGAUCCGGGCUCAGGAAGCUGGAAUACGACCCCUAUACCCUUGAGAUGAGGAAACUGAUCAACGGCUACAUCAAAACAGUGGACACGGCCCUGAAACUCAGAAACCUCACAGGGGUACCAGAGGACUAUUACCCAAGAUGAUGGUCGUGUUGGGUAGGGACAUCUUUCGGCUGGGAGGAACGGGAUCUGCCCAGGCAGGUGCGGCUUGUGUCCACCUGGCGAGUCACUAUUUCCACCCAGUGGGUGGCCCUUUAUCGGACUUCUGCUGCUCGCUGUUAACGAAUCCCCUUGCAUGAGCAAAAAGCGGCCAACAUCCACCAUUGCCAGUAGAAGAUGCCUUGGCAAGCCCGCCCACUAGGGACCACCAUCAACAUACGGAUGGGGGAGGUUUGCAAAAUGAAGCUAGAUCUUUGCUGCUGCUGUUUGGAAGAGUGUUGUCUCCCCUGCCCCACCUCAUAAUAUGGAUCGCCUCAGCUCUGUUCCAGCUGGUUGCAGUACCCAGAUCUUUUGGGCUGCUGCAGAG